AUGAAAGACAAUUUCGUUGAUUUUGAUCCAUCACCUUUCAAAACAGCAAAAGUAUUGGCAGCAACAGAUGUUGAACAUCAACAGUCUGAUAGGUUUAUUUCAAAUAAUAGUCGUUCAUCAAGAUGGCCUGAAAUAUCAUGCACGAUUGAUAAGUAUUCGAAAACAAUGGCAUCACCUUCACCAGAGCAUGAACGAAUAAAAGCGGAAGAUUCAAAACCACCAAUGCAUUUUUUCCAAGAAACUAAUAUUCUACGAAGAAAAAUUCUUCUUCUUCUUGUAAUUUGUCUAUUGAUUUUGAUAAUAAUUGCAAUUGUUGUCAUAAAAUUUACUAUUCUCAACUCUCAUUCUGCAACGAGUGAAAAAGAUACAUCAAGAACCAGUUCAUAUUCCAGUACAAUAAAACCAACAUCAACAAUAUCGGCCAUUUAUGAUGUUGGUAAUGGUGGCACUAGUGAUGAUGGUUCACCUUGUGCAUCAUACACGAUUGUUAAUGAUCCAUCGCGUAAUAUCGCUACAUCUGGAAUAGGUGGUGCCUGUGAUAAUGGUCCAUUAUUCAACACAACUAUUGGCGGUAGAUGGAUUCGAUUCGUGGGCACAGGAGGUAUUAUAAUACCUCUUCAAUCACCCGGAGAAAAUCAUUGUGGUGCUUUUCUGGCAGGAUGGCUCAAUGGAGCAUUACCUACUAUAAUAGGAGUACCAGUUAGUGGGGAGGUAUGUUUCAACGUAUAUGGAGCAGUCUGCCAAGGCAUUAACUUUGUUUCAAUUGUCAAUUGUGACGGUUUCUAUGUUUAUUUCUUGCCACCGAUGAUAAUGUGUAAUGCGCGUUAUUGUACAACAACAUAA